AUGGCUCCAGUCACCGAACUCAACCCCCUCCUUCCUCAUAAUGAACCCGCUCCAGAAAUUCAAGGAGACGGCUUCUCGAGGUAUCAUGGCUACGCCGGCAUCCAGCCUUCACAAUCCGAACCAGACUUGAAAACAAGCCAAGAUUAUGAUGAUGAAAAAGACGACACAGAAUCCGUCACGUCAAGAGCUGCGCGCUCUACUUCGGAGGGAAUGGGGCUUCUCUUCACGAUGAUUGUCUUCCUCGUUGUUGUAGUCACCGUGCUCAGACCAAAGUUUGGAGAUAACCAGGACCCGUUGCCACUACCCACAAAGCCUCCCCAGACAAUCGAGGACAGAGUCUCUGCUAUCCUCAAUCAUACUCCUCUCAUAGAUGGCCACAAUGACCUGGCCAUCUUCAUUCGGAUCGCUUAUCAAAAUAAAAUACAUACCACGAAAUUCAAAGACAAGUUCGAGAACGGGGGAAUGGAGCUGGACGUUGAUUUGCCGCGACUGCGAGCAGGUCAAGUAGGAGGAUCGUUUUGGAGUGCGUUUGUCGGCUGUCCCGAUGAUGCCAGUGUUGAUUUUUCGGAUGAAACAUAUGCCACUGCUGUUGCUCAUACCUUGUCGCAGAUCGACCUCGUCCGGAGAAUCCAGAAUGAAUAUCCAAACAACUUCACCUCUGCCACCACUCCACUCGUGGUGGCUCUGAGCAACUUCCGUGCCACAAAAUCCCUGAUUUCACCGAUAAGCAUCGAAGGGCUGCAUCAAGUCCCCCAGUCUGCUCCUCUGUCGACACUCCGGCUGUAUUAUGCCCUGGGCGUCCGUGCAGCAACACUUACCUGGAAUUGUCACAAUGCAUUCGCAGACGCUGCACUCAUAACUUCAAAGGGAGAAACGAAGAUUGCUCCGUAUCACCGCGGUGGAUUGACACCUGCCGGCAGAAAAGUCAUCCUCGAGAUGAAUCGGCUCGGGAUGCUGGUGGAUAUUUCCCACACCUCAUAUUGGACUCAGAAAGCCGUGCUGAGCAACAAAACCUCCGCGGCCCCCGUCAUAUUCUCUCACUCGUCAGCGUUUGCCCUGUGCCCUCAUCCACGAAACGUCCACGAUGAUAUCCUGGAUCUGGUGAAAGAGACUAAGAGUCUGGUGAUGAUCAAUUUCUCACCAGCUUUCAUCUCGUGCCUGCCCCCGCCAAACUCGAGUGUGCUUCCGGAAUUCUACGAGAAGAACAACACGUUGCACCAGGUUGCUCGACACAUUGUCUACGUGGGUGACAGGAUCGGUUAUGACUAUGUCGGACUCGGCAGUGACUUUGACGGCAUGGGAGAACUCACUCCAGAAGGCCUGGAGGGAGUAGAUAAGUACCCCGACCUGAUUGCUGAACUGUUGAAGAUGGGUGUCAGUGAUGCGGAUGCGGGUAAAGUGGCUGGCGGGAACCUCCUGCGUGUCUGGCAGACUGCCAACGGUAUUGCGAAAAGGCUGCAGUACACGGCUCCCGAGGGCGAGGACGAGGUGAGUGGGUGGUAG